AUGCGGACAUCAGAGCCAGACGCCACAGAGUCAACGGCCUUGACGGCAGCGGGUGAGGACGAGGAUCAAGAUGAAGACGGAAACGAGUCUGAGGACUUGGGGUCCCCUGACGAGAAGCCGGAAUCGGACGCGGCCCUCGGCAUCCUGCGAGAAAGGAAAAAGUGGACCACGCAAGGUCAAGAGGUACACGUACCUAAAGGAGAAAAGGUCGGCGUCAAGGUGGAUGACCACGAGUGGGUCACGGUGAAGCUGAUCCCGCAGCUUGGACCAGAAGUCCAGCACGAGAUCGCAGAGAUGACCAAUGCCAAGCUCAAGGAGAUGAAAAACAAGAAGAACUCCACUGCCGAGCCAACCGCCGCAUUGCCCGACAAGGAGCUGACGGACGAUGCUGAUGAUGAUGACAAUGAGAACAACGAGUCUGAGGACGGCGAGGCUUUCCAGGAGGAUGCGUUGGUGGCGGACUGGCGAGAAGAAGUUCAACUCGCCACGGCCGCCACCACGCAGGCCAAGAACGACCUCUCGAGAAAGUCUGGCUUUUCGCCAGGGCAAUGGGUGCUGGGCCGAUCCAUUCGGCUCCCGGCCAACCUGGCCGAUGAUGGAGAAGUGGCUCGAAUUGGAGCCCAGGCCAUGGCCGAGACGCCCAACACCAAGUUCUACCGCAAAAGCCAGCUGAGGUUUUCCGCCCGGGAGGUUUUCGUAAAGGCCUCAAGUGACGCCAGCCUCCGACGAGCAGAGCUUCGCAAAGUUCGGCCCAGCCGUGGCCCCUUCAAUGUGGGCGACUACGUUUUCUACUACGACGCCUCGUCGAAGGAACCCGGGCCCAACUGUUGGCGCGGAGUCGGCCGCAUCGUCGGAAAGGAGGGUGGCACACGCUAUAGCGAAGAUGAAGUUCAGAGCUGGACCGCCAUUGGCAACGAAACCGAGCUCAUGGUGAAAGACCUCCUCUUCCCGAACCUGGGGUGCACCGGCGGCUUUACCGGAGCCACCACCUUUACCAGCCGAGGAGCAGAGGAGGAAGCAAGCUCGGACAGAGGCAAGACCAAGCUCGGAGACAGCCGGGCCGAGGGCACCACCGCCGUCCGCGUCAGAGGUCCCUGUAGAUCCCACCGGGGCCGAGGACCCCGACCUGGAGGAGAGCCCGGUCUAUGUAUUUCGAUCCCGAGAUCCAUGACUACCACGAGCCCUGUGGUUGAGGAUCCCGAGGCGGAGGCAGCCGAGAGAGAAGCCAAGCGGCUCAGAACCGUCGAGCCUGGAGAGACCGCAAGCUAUGCAGCCGAAACCUGUUGCGUUUAUGUGGCCUACGAGUCCCAGGCCUACCUGACGCACAAGGCCAGGGAGACUUACCGCAAGCACGAGUCCGCUUACCUGGCUUGGGGAGUUUCAGAGAGCGAGUUCCUCUUCGGCUUUAGGCGGAACGACUUUGAGCACAAAUACCAGGCGAUGGCUGCCGGCAACGCCCUGGAAGAAGACCUCUUCACUGGACCGGAAGGCUCCGACCAAAAGGAGUGGACCGCUUGGAAAGCCAAAGAGGCCGUGGAAUUCCUGAGCCUUGCCGAAAGCGCCCAAGUUCGACGCGAGAAGGCCGACCUCAUUGUGCCUACGAGGUGGGUGCGAACGAACAAGACCGAGGGCCUAGAGGGCAAAGAGUUUCAGGCCAAGUCCAGGCUUGUGGUGUAUUACCGAAGAGACGCCCCGACAGCCAGCGCAACGGCAGAAAGCAUUUGUCUUGCCAUUUGCGCGUUCUUGGGCUUCACCCUGUUGGCGAAGGACGUCAAGAAUGCCUACUUCAGCGGCCAGCCACCUCGCGGCGGCCUGCCGGGGCUUAAGCCGGGACAGCUCUUGAGAGCGAGGAAGGCCAUUUAUGGUUUUGCCGAGGCAGCCCGGAUGUUCUGGCUGGCUUUGAAAGAGCAUUUGGAAUCCGACGGUUGGGUUGAGAGCCGUCUAGAGCCUGCUCUCUUUUACCUUCGGGAACAAAGCGAGUUAGUCGGCAUCCUGGUGACCCACGUGGACGACAUCGAAGGCGGGGUCAAGGAUGGCUGGCUCGACAAGGCCUUCCAGAAGUCCUCCGUUGCCCUCGACUUCGCCACCAACCAUUAUUUCCGGGACUUUAUCUUUAGACAGGAACGGCGGCGCCAGCUCACCGACGGCCUCACGCCACAAGAGCUGGAGACCUUCCAGAGCGUCUCGGGCGAGCUGGGCUGGAUCACAAGACAACUUCGUUGCGAUCUAGCAUAUGAGAACGGGGUGGUCCAAAGGUGCAAAGGUGACCCUUGUGUGGCGGACCUGGUGCGUUUGAAACAGUAUGUGGGGCAAGCCAGGCGUGGUGCCGACUUCCGGCAACGCUAUUGGGCUGAUGUGGACCUGCGCAACUGUGUGAUCGUGCACUUGGCGGACAGUGGCCACGCCAACGGGACCCCCGCCUACAAGGAGGAAACGCGUUACCGCAGCGUCGGUGGCUAUUUCACCCUGGCGGCGAACCCUGAGAUCUUGGAGGGCAAGACGGCGCGGGCCAACAUAUUGGCCUACCACUCUUCACAGACCAAACGGGUCUGCCGAAACACGCUGGCGGCUGAGGCCAGCCAUUUGGCCGAGGCCAUUGAAGCUGGUGAUUGGGCCAUUGUGCUGCUGGAAGAAGCCCUGACGUGGCAAGUGGAUUUGAAAGGGUGGCCGAGCGUCAUCGAGAAGCGGCAGAGGGUGUAUGUCACCGAUGCCCGCUCCGUUUUCGACUACCUGGCUAAAGAAUCAACGAGCACCAGCAGCGACAAGAGGAUGGCGAUCGAAGGAGCCCUCCUUCGAGAGACGGUGCGCAAGCCUGGCGCACACGUGCGCUGGAUUGAUGGCCUACAGAACGUGUCCAACGUGCUCACCAAGCACAACGCCGAGAAGGACACCCUGCGGGAAUUCCUUCGGACGGGCAUGACCACUCUGGUCCAGACCCGUGAGAACCAGAAGCUGAAGGAGCGCAAGCAGGCGGAACGCCAAAGGCGAAAGGUGGCAAAGGACAAGGACCGCGAGGCUCAGGCUGACCAACGGCGACAGCGACGACAAGAAGCUGCUGCCGAAGCCGAGAACCUGCUGAACGACUCUGGUCCUGAGGCUGACUAUAAAGAGGGAGUGAGAUUCUCCAGAGUGCAGUACAGCCUCAGUCCUUUUAUCUGCGUGCCGGCCGACUUCUCAAGCUGGAUGCAAGCAGGCAGAAGUUUCACAGACUACACGUUGCAUGCUAGCCAGAGGCGCGAUGCCGGCUUCCCGCUGCAGGUCCACCCGAACGGCAACCUCAUCGCCGCGGGCGGUACAUCUUCCUCGCUGGAUGGCUACACCCAUGCCGGUUCAGAAGAUGCUUUGAUCAUGAGCUUCGACAGCACCGGCGCCUGGCAAUGGACCGUGCAGCGCGGCUCCGACAUGGAUCGCUUCCGUGCCCUGCAGGUCCACCCGAACGGCAACCUCAUCGCCGCAGGCUUCACAUCUUCGUCGUUGGAUGGCUACACCAAUGCCGGUUCAUCCGAUACUUUGCUCAUGAGCGUCGACAGCACCGGCACCUGGCAAUGGACCGUGCAGCGCGGCUCCCUCGAUGACGUCUUCGAAGCCCUGCAGGUCCACCCGAACGGCAACCUCAUCGCCGCGGGCUACACAUCGUCCUCACUGGAUGGCUACACCAAUGCCGGUUCAUCCGAUGCUUUUCUCAUGAGCUUCGACAGCACCGGCACCUGGCAAUGGACCGUGCAGCGCGGAGGCUCCGGCGGAGACUACUUCACUGCCCUGCAGGUCGACCCGAACAACAACCUCAUCGCCGCGGGCUUCACAACUUCCUCGCUGGAUGGCUACACCAAUGCCGGUUCAAACGAUGUCUUUCUCAUGAGCUUCGAGGCCUGUGAAGUCGUCACAGCGUCGCAGUGUACACUUUCCUGCAGUACUGGAGCUGUUUUCGGCCAUUUGGGCUCCGUCGAAGUUGGCUCGGCACGCGUGCUGGUAGGUUGA